ACCUAUUUUUAUAAGGGGCAAUGGACGACUUGAUAUUUGCCUAUCUUACGAGGCUACUGGGCCCUCCUAUGUUGUGCAUAUGCGUCUAGGGCGUGUAUGCAUGCACCUUCCCCUCUUGUUCGCUGGUGGCGAUGGUCCGUGCGGCCCCCCACUUCAUCGUCCCUCAUUCAAAAGCACUUCUUCAUCCCUCAUCACAAAAGCACUUUUCCGCACAAUGGCUUACGGAGGGAAGGCUGGGCGGUUGGGUGUGUCUCCUUAUCAGCAUCGGUCAGCCCUAAAGGCCUUCGGAUGGCUCACGCCCGUCUACUCCGGCAAUGCAUAGCACAACCAAUCUUCCAUCCACGUCAACGUCAACGUCAACGGAACACCUGCUAACACUAAUACAAGACACUUGCUCACCUGUGGAGGCCAUUUCCGCAAUGCAUCGACUUGGCAAAUGGGGCAUCUGAUCUCUUCUCUACGACCUAGAGCUUUGGGGCGUUUUCUGUGCAAGGCG